AUGCUUUCCACCGUCCCCCUCAACGCAGGACGUAGACGCGUAUUCGGCUCCGUCUUCUCGCCCUCCCCCGCCCACUCGCUCGAGUCUGAUCCCGCCGCCUCGUUCGAAUCAACCGCUUCCUCCUCCACAGUCAAAGCAGACUCGCAGUCAAAUUCAUUCGCGACCAUCGGUGGUUCCACAGACUCCGCAUCCGCAGACGAAGACCUCCUCAACCACGCACGCGCCGCAGCGACCGAUUUCCUCGCCGUGCCGACUCUGGGCUUCGAACCCCUCUACAAAUACCGCGAAACCGAUGGCAGUGAACUGCUGACGGAAUGGAACCGGCUCGCGCCGCCGUCGAAAGAGGCCGCGGAAGCGCUGGAAUAUCUAAUGCGCACGUCUCCGUGGACCUUGUUUGAAUGGUACAGCAAUAACAUCCGGAGGCAUUUCCUGAUCAAUUUUCGAUCUGGUCUCACCGAGCUCCUGGCGUCCCCUGAGAAAGAAGGCCUGCUCCGCACAAUCGUCGAUUGCUUGCAGCUCGCGCGUCGCGUCUAUCUCACUCCGGUCCUACACUACCUGCUUCCACUAACGCCGCAUCAGGGUGGAUACCUUGCUCAAUUGCAACGCGCGUUUCAUACAGUGGUCUCGUACAGUUUGCCUUGGCAGCAGAUUUCACCGCUGCUUGCUAGCGAGCUGACUCACGAUGCCGUGAUCGUUCUCGGCAUUGACACUCUGGAUGAAGAUUUCGAUGCGGAGGCCAGCGAGGAUGAGAUGGAUGUGGAGCGCACGUAUUCUGUCUCUUACAAGGACUGGACAGAGGCGAUACCCGAAACUCGCGAGCAGAUGAUGGUUGAGGGCGAGGACCACAGAGUGACCAUCGCGCGGGAUCGGUUGUUAGCUUUCCUAAACGGGUUGCAGCUCGUCGGGCUCGGCGCGGAUAAGGCUCAGAAGGUAUUUGCGGAGGUGAUGAACAUCCUCAUGGGGGAUUUCAUCCAUGCCGCUUAUGCUGGGCAGUGGUCGGCGCCUUCGACUGUGCCGCAGCAUCUGGGCCAGUGGAUUGAGAAUGUCUACGCGCGCUUUGCGGUGCAAGUUCUGUCGAUCAUUCGCUCCGAUGUUGAGUCUGGGGUCAUGGAUGUGAGCUUUGGCGAUGUGGAGAAGUGGCGGGCAGUGGGCAUUGCCCGACUUGGAACGCUUCGAGUUAGCGAGCUUUUCGAUGUUGUUGUUGACUGGCCUGCGAGCAGUGGUGCGGUGGAAGAUCUGCGACAUUUUGUGACGCAGACACGGCCACGGGCAUAUGUGACCCAUUGGUUCGCCUUGAAUCUGCAACAGAGGCUGCUGCAUCCUGGUGCCUCAACUGUUGAAAUCCUACAGGUUUACAUCUCGGUCAUUCGAGCUUUCCAUCUCCUGGAUCCUAACGGAGUCCUGCUGGACCGCAUUGCGCGCCCGAUCAGACGAUACUUGAGAGAUCGGGACGAUACCGUCAAGGUCAUCGUUAGUGGUCUGCUGGCUGACCCUACGGCGGCCGAUGCACCGGCGGCUACCAACGACACGUUGGUAGAGCUGGCCUCGGAGCUGACCAGGCUCAACCAGUACUCCAUGCAGAGCAAGAAUAGCGAAAUAGACUUUGACGACAUGGGCUGGCUACCCGACCCCGUCGACGCCGCUCCAGACUAUCGCAAGUCAAAGAGUGCAGACGUCAUUGACAGUCUGGUCAGUUUAUUCGAUUCAAAAGAGACAUUCGUCAAGGAGAUGCAGACUCUCCUAGCCGACCGCCUCAUCCAAAAACGUCAAAAUUACGACCAAGAAACCACAGUCCUAGAACUCCUCAAAGUCCGCUUCGGCGACUCCGCACUGCAGGCAUGCGAAGUCAUGCUCAAGGACCUGACAGACUCCCGCCGCCUCGACCACACCGUCAGAAACGACCAAAUCACCUCAGGCGAUCUCACACAAGAAGACGCCCAACUACACGCCAAGAUCCUCUCCCGCUUCUUCUGGCCCGAGUUCCAAGAUCAAGAAUUCAGAGUCCCAGAUGAAAUCAUCACCCUUCAAGAAAACUACGCCUCAUGCUUCGAGAAGCGCAAAGACUCCCGCAAACUAAUGUGGCACAACUCCCUGGGCCAAGUGACCAUCGAACUAGAAUUCGAAAACCAUUCAUUCCAUGACGAAGUCACAACCUGGCAAGCAACUGUCAUCCACGCCUUCCAAGACUCACCCACAAAAUCCAUUCCGGAACUAUCAACCCAACUCGAAAUGUCACUCCCUCUAGUCCGCAGCGCCUGUCUAUUCUGGGUGAGCAAGCGGGUACUUCACGAAGUAUCACGAGAUACAUUUGAAGUAAUCGAAGUUGUCGAACACGAACACGAGCACGGCGCAGACUCGGAUUCGGAUAGCGAGGCUGAUGAGGCUGAUGCUGCGGCUGCGGCUGAGGCGGCGGCGGCUGCUGCUGCGAAGGAGUCUGCUGAGGCGGCGGCGAUGGAGAAGAUGAAUGUUCAUUGGCAGUUUAUUGUUGGUAUGCUUACGAAUCAGGGGCCUAUGCCUUUGGCACGUAUUGUUAUGAUGUUGAAGAUUGCGGUGCCUGGUGGGUUUCCGUUUAGUGAUGAGGAAUUACGGGAGUUCUUGGGUGGGAUGGUUUCGAAGGGGAAGUUGGAGAUUGCUAAUGGGGGGAAUUACAAGAUUGUGCAUUAG